GAGUCUCUGGGUUGAUGACAAACGCGCCGUUUAUGCUCAACGUAGAUUGCGAUAUGUUUGUGAACAAUCCAGAGGUUGUUCGUCAGGCAAUGUGUCUGCUUCUUGGCACAAACAACGAAAGAGAAAGUGCUUUUGUUCAGUUCCCACAAAUUUUCUAUGAUACACCUAGGGAUGAUCCAUAUGGGAAUCAAUUUGUUGUUUUGUACAAAUAUGCCUGUCCAGGAAUAACGGGAAUCCAAGGGUUUUUCUAUGCUGGAACAGGAUGUUUUCACAGACGAAAAGUGAUAUACGGUUUAUGGCCGGGGGAUGAAGAUAAUUCUAUCGUUGGAAAUUUAUCUUACAAUGGCUUGGUAAAAGAAUAUGGGAAUUCAAGAGAGUUCGUGGAGUCAGCAGCCCGUGCUUUGAAGGGGAAGAUAAAAUUUCAGAACAAUCUUCCGAACAAUCUUGAGGCAGCCUGCCAAGUGGCAGAUUGUUCCUAUGAGUAUGGUACUAACUGGGGAAACAAGCAUGGCUGGAUGUACGGAUCGGUGGUCGAGGAUAUCUUGACAGGCCUAACAAUUCAUAAAAAGGGUUGGAAAACCAUUUAUGUGGCGCCCGAUCCACCAGCGUUUCUAGGUUGUGCACCAUCAGUCGGUCCGGUGGCCUUGGCUCAACAAAAGAGGUGGGCUACUGGGUUACUUGAAAGCCUUGUUGGUAGGAACAGUCCCAUAUUGGGCUUCCUUACAGCAAAGCUCCUAUUCAGACAGUGCUUGGCAUAUGUUUGGGUUUUGUCUUGGGGUUUAGGAUCAGUUCCUGAACUUUGUUACGCUGUUCUCCCUGUAUAUUGCAUCAUCACAAACUCCCAUUUCUUGCCCAAGGUCCAUGAACAGAUGGUAUAUAUUCCUGUUGCCAUUUUUGUGCUUUACAACCUGUACACACUGCUGGAAUACAUAAAAACAGGAUUGUCGCUCAGAACAUGGUGGAAUAAUCAAAGAAUGGCAAGAAUAACAGCAACGACUGCAUAUUUGUUUGGAGCUUUAGGUGUUUUGCUUAAGUUCUUGGGACUUUCCGAAACCAUCUUUGAAGUAACCCCAAAGGAUCAGCCAACCGAUGAUGAUGUCUCCGAAGCUAAUACUGAAUUUACUUUUGAUGAAAAGCCACUUUUUGUACCGGGGACAGCUCUUUUGCUGGUGCACAUCGCCGCAAUGUUUACCAUCUUGUCAGGGCUGCGACGGCCAAUUUCCGACGAGCAUGGGGUAGGACCACUUGAGGUCUUGUGCAGCAUGUGGGUGAUCCUUUGUUUCUGGCCCUUUUUGAAAGGGCUGUUCAGGAAAGGAAAAUAUGGGAUUCCAUUACUCACCAUAUUUAAGUCUGCUGUAUUGGUAUUAGUUUUUGUGAACUUGUGUUGGACCACUAUGGGUUGAGACAAAUGAAUUUUGGAUGUGUAGUGUCAGCAAUUAAUGACUGAAUGUAAUGUUUAGAAAACUUGAAAAUAUGCAUUUUACCGUUAAGAGAACUAUAAAAUUGGGAAAAAAAAGAGUUUUAUUAUUAAUCAAUUCAUUUUGUGAAU